GUAGAUGGUGAACUUACGUUAGCCCCUGGAUUUACAGCACCACCAAAUACGGAUUAUAUCGGUUAUCAUACAUACAUCGACGAAAUGCUGCCGCCAGAGUCUCCAAUUUUAUACGGUCUACAUCCCAACGCUGAAAUUGGAUUUUUAAGUACAACAGCUGAUAACCUAUUUAAAACAGUAUUUGAAAUGCAACCCAGAGAUGUAGGGUCAUCAGGUGGUGCAACAAUUACACGUGAAGACAAAGUAAAGCAGAUGAUAGAUGAAAUGGUAGAGAAACUUCCAGAGGAUUUCAAUAUGGUAGAAAUUAUGGGUAAAGUUGAAGAGCGUACUCCCUACGUAAUCGUUGCUUUUCAAGAAUGUGAAAGGAUGAAUUAUCUUACUAGCGAAAUAAAACGUUCCCUCAAAGAACUCGAAUUGGGAAUUAAAGGUGAAUUGACUAUUACAUCGGAUAUGGAAGACCUAGAAAAUGCUUUAUUUUUGGACCAAGUUCCACCAGUUUGGGCUCAAAGGGCAUAUCCUUCUUUACUCGGAUUGACAUCUUGGUUUGUGGACUUACUACUGCGAAUUCGAGAACUAGAGACUUGGUCUACCGAUUUUGUGCUACCUGCCUCUGUUUGGCUAGGUGGAUUCUUUAAUCCUCAGUCGUUGUUAACCGCCAUAAUGCAAAGUACAGCUAGAAGAAAUGAACUGCCAUUGGAUAAAAUGUGUUUACAAUGCGACGUCACCAAAAAACAGAAGGAAGAAUUCACAUCGGCACCUAGAGAUGGAGCUUACGUCCACGGUUUCUACAUGGAGGGAGCUAGAUGGGAUGUCCAAGCUGGAAUUAUUAUGGACUCGAGGCUGAAAGAGUUAUUUCCGUCUGUACCUGUCAUAAACAUCAAGGCUAUUACACAAGACAAACAGGACUUGCGAAAUAUGUACGAGUGUCCAGUAUACAAGACUAGAACUCGAGGUCCGACUUACAUUUGGACAUUCAAUUUGAAAACUAAAGAUAAACCUGCCAAAUGGACGUUGGCAGGGGUGGCUUUACUUUUACAAACUUAG